GCUGUUUUCCAGUCAAUGGCCGCAUUCCUGAAACAUCCCGGCCGCAGGGGGGCGCUGUUUGGAUACAACUCCUCGGCUUCAAAGUCAGCCGAGCAGCAGCAGCAGAGUGGAGGCCCGUCCAUUGAAAGUCGGAAGUUGUCUUUUAGGUUACUGAAACUUUCCAAAAUGGCAGAGGACAGCACUUAUGAGUCGAUGCUGUGCGUGAAGCCAGAGGUCCAUGUUUACCGAAUCCCGCCGCGGGCCUCCAAUCGUGGAUAUCGCGCUGCUGACUGGAAGCUGGAUGAACCAGCGUGGAGCGGGAGGCUGAAAAUCACCGCCAAAGACAAGAAGGCCUUUAUCAAGUUGGAGGACAGAAACACAGGAGAGCUGUAUGCACAAGCCCCGGUUGAGCAGUAUCCAAGCCUUGCAGUGGAGGCCGUCACGGACUCCAGCCGGUACUUUGUCAUCCGGAUAGAGGAUGGAACGGGACGUCACGCUUUCAUCGGUUUGGGUUUUGCUGACCGUGGAGACUCGUUUGACUUCAAUGUGGCUUUACAAGAUCAUUUUAAGUGGGUGAAACAAGAAGGGGAUCUUGCAAAACUGGAGGCGUCUCAGAGUUCAGCGCCGAAACUGGACCUGAGCUUCAAGGAGGGACAGACCAUCAAGAUCAGCAUCGGGAACAUCAAGAAGAAAGACGCAGGCGGCGCCAAGCCGCGUCCCCUGGGUGGCGGUCUGCUCCCUCCCCCUCCAGGAGGAAAAGCCGGCGGCGGUGUCCUGCCUCCGCCUGGAGGACUGCAGACGCUGCCAGCUGCUCAGCCCAGCACCGGAUUUCUGUCCACGCCUUCAGCUCCGCUGAUGGACUUGGGUUCCCCGGUCGCUGCGGCCCAGCCCGGCUCUGACAUGUGGGGGGAUUUCACAUCUGCUGGCUCCAACUCCGACCAAGACGCCUCCAAGUCAGGAUGGGUGCAGUUCAGCUGAGCUGGGGGAAACAAAAAGGCCUCCUCUCAGGUUCCUUACAUUCCUGCAGACGGGACGAUUGUUGACAUAAAGAAGCUUGAGAACAGAGGACGUGUGCGGAGAUUUUACAGUUUCAUUGGUGAAUUUCCUCUGCUCUGGUGCAGAGCCGCCCGCUGACCAACACACUCUAAAGGAACAAAAAGUUAAAGUGGAUAUUUUUACAGCUCCUUUUUUUUCCACUCUCUGCCAUGCAGGAGUUUACUUCUUAAAACAAGGGAAACAUCGUCUUGUCACACUAACUGUGUAAGAUAUUUAUUCAGCGGAUUGUUCCUUGAUUCUUCUAGUUCUGCGUAGUCGUUUCACUGACCUCCAAUCAGAUUCGUCGUCUCUUUGUGACAUCACGGUUUGUGUUUCUGUCCCAGAACGAUCUCCUCACGCCAACGUCGCUCAUCUCAAACUUUCAUGUUGGGAGAGAGUUUCCCUCGUUCAUGCGGCUGUAAAACAGCACUUCUGUUCUCGUUUGUUUUGUUUUUAUUCGCGACUUGUAUUAAUAAAUCACAAAACCUCUCUUAAUGUUCGAUAAUCAAUUUUAGGUUACUCUGUUUCUUUUAAAUCAUCUUUGGGGUGAAGAAUCGAUUCUCAUUCUUUCAGUUCUGAUUGUAUAAAGGCCUCAUUUAUGUUUAUUCUUUCUGGGUCGUGCCUUUUACCCAAAAUGAAAUCGGCUUUUCUUUUUCCUCCUGAUGAAGUGCCUUCCUGGGAAGACCCAUGAAAUAUAUAAAAAAUGUAAAUAAAGUGUAUAUUUGA